CCCCGCCCUGCUCGCCCGCCAUAUUGGUCCUUCUGCCCAAGCCUCUCCCUCUUGGAAGUGCUCUCGACGUUCCGGAGUCUGUGGCCCACUUUCUGCUCCCAUUGCACCCAGGCGUGUUGGCGAACAGCUCCCAGGUUUUCCUGUGUGUGUCCGCAAGAUAAUGAUGUUUGAACUGAACUACUAAGGAUUCUGAAAUCAAAACUUAUACUAUUAAUAAUGGCAGGAAAGUCGUCUCUUUUUAAAAUAAUUCUUCUUGGAGAUGGUGGAGUUGGCAAGAGUUCUCUUAUGAACAGAUAUGUAACCAAUAAAUUUGAUUCCCAGCUCUUCCACACAAUAGGUGUGGAAUUUCUAAAUAAAGAUCUGGAGGUGGAUGGACAUUUUGUUACCAUGCAGAUUUGGGACACAGCUGGUCAAGAAAGAUUCCGAAGCCUGAGGACACCAUUUUACCGAGGUUCUGACUGUUGCCUGCUUACAUUUAGUGUUGAUGAUUCGCAAAGCUUCCAGAAUUUGAGCAACUGGAAGAAGGAGUUCAUAUAUUAUGCAGAUGUGAAAGAGCCUGAAAGCUUUCCCUUUGUGAUUUUGGGCAAUAAGACUGACAUAAAAGAACGGCAGGUGUCUGCAGAAGAAGCCCAAGCCUGGUGCAAGGACAACGGCGACUAUCCUUACUUUGAAACGAGCGCAAAAGAUUCCACCAAUGUUGCUGCUGCUUUUGAGGAGGCAGUUCGAAGAAUUCUGGCUACAGAAGAUAGGUCAGAGCACCUGAUUCAGACAGACACAGUCAAUCUGCACCGAAAGCCCAAGCCAAACUCGUCUUGCUGUUGAUAGCAUUAAAGGGAUAGUUGAUGCAUUCUAACCAACACACACACACACACACACACACACACACACACACACACGGGUGGAGAACAAAAUUAGUAUGCAGAACAUUUCAUCUACUAAUAAAAUUCAAUUAACGCAUAUUGUUGUCUCAUUAGUCGGUGGGAGAAGGGACACUCUGGAGGAAUCUAUUUACUCAGUAAUGGCACGUUACAUUUAUAAAUUGUAAUGGUUGUCUAAUGUUUCUUUAAAUUAAAACAUUAGUGCUAAUAAGAUGACCAAGAACUGACUUAAUUGUAAUUCAGAUAAAAACCUUGACUAUUCUAGAAGUAUACUUAGAUUGUUUUGCCCCACAAGAAAAUGGAGAAUUACUUUUAUAUGUGUAUAUUUUUAUGUAAUUAGCAUUCUAUUCUUGGUCCAGAAAGUAAAUUCCUACAGCAAUACUAUUAAAGAUUAAAAUCUAAUGCAUUUCUUUAUGUUGCAAUGCUUUUUGAUUUGAUUACCUCAUCUCUUUAAGAUGAUUUAACUUUUCGUAUUAUUCAUUCUACAUAUUAGAAUAUACCUCAAUUGUGUGGCACAUAUAUUUCCCCCUUUCCAACAAAGGAGCUAGCUAUAUGGAUUUUCAUUUACUUCCCUUAAAAAAAGACUGAAUCUCAUACAUUCCAGGUUGACUUAGAGGUCUUACCAACCUCCCCAUCUCCCAAGUAAGGGAUUCCAGGCAUGAGCCUGUGCUGUCAUGUCUAAUGCAUGGUGGGUGAGCUGUAUCUUCAGGGCAGCACUGUACUUUCUGAGAGGGUAAUAAAGACACCUGUACUCACACAGGUAUUUCCAUAGUA